AUUAACAUUUUAUCCAUUAUAAGAAUCAACCAAACAAUAAAUCAAUCCAAUUUCCUCGUGCUAAACAUUUAACAAUAGAGCUAGCUGCUUCCAUCUAACUCCAACCCACCCCUGCCAGAACGCUUCCGUCACUACAACCCUGGGAGGUAGUGGUAGGAGGACAAUCAUCUUCAUCUUACAUAUGAAGACGGGGGGCGGGGGGAAGCUUUAGGCUGGGAAAAUAGGGUUAUUAAAUGUCUAAGGCAGGUUUUCAAUUCGUAUCUCCCAACUUUUCUGUCUCUAUGGCCUUUUCCCAUAUUAUGUUCUAUUUAACUCAGGAUGCACCUGAGAUGAACACAAAUUUGUCCCGGUCUUGCUAUGCGUCUGCAUUUUCAUUCAUGGUAAACAACUAGCAACAAAACCACGUGGUUCCCAGCUGACCAGGGCCACAACUUUCCCCCCAGAGCCCUGCAAUUUCUGAGUUGACCAGCAGAGGGCUGUCGGUUCCAAUGCCGCUCCCCCGCCCUAGUCCUUUAAGGAAGUUCGGUCUUCAUUUCCUGCCUUUCUGAACAGGCGUCUGGUACGGCCUACCACUCUGGAAGAAGGCUGAGGGGGAAGGUCCUCGUCCACACCUGCGUAGCCAAGUAACAAAGAUGGCCGCCAGCCGGCUGGCUUCGGGAACGGCAGCCGCUUUUGCUGGGCUGCGCGGGCGAUUUUGUAACAUAAAGCUAAAUACGAACAAUACUAGGAAGCAGCCUCUGCAUCAGUUUGUACAAAGACCACCUUUGCCUCCAUUCACAGCAUUAUAUAACACAGUGCGAUGCAUGUUUAUUCAAACACAGGAUACCCCCAACCCGAACAGUUUGAAGUUUAUUCCAGGAAAACCAGUGCUGGUAUCACAGACCAUGGAUUUUCCUACACCAGCUACAGCAUUCCGCUCCCCUCUGGCUAGACAGUUAUUCAGGAUUGAAGGAGUGAAAAGUGUCUUCUUUGGACCAGAUUUCAUCACCGUCACAAAGGAAAGUGAAGACUUAGAUUGGAACUUAUUGAAACCAGAUAUUUAUGCAACAAUAAUGGAUUUCUUUACCUCCGGUUUGCCCCUAGUUAAUGAAGAAACACUUUCUACAGAUGCAGCAACUGAAGAGGAUGACGAAGUUGUAGCAAUGAUUAAAGAAUUGUUGGAUACAAGGAUAAGGCCAACUGUGCAGGAGGAUGGGGGUGAUGUGAUCUACAAAGGCUUUGAAGAUGGCAUCGUGCAGCUGAAACUGCAGGGUUCCUGUACCAGCUGCCCCAGCUCUAUCAUUACUCUGAAAAAUGGAAUCCAAAACAUGCUACAGUUCUAUAUUCCAGAAGUAGAAGGUGUGGAGCAGGUUGUAGAUGAUGAACUAGAAGAAAAAGAUGCAAACUCAACCUGAAACCCUGUAAUUUCCUUGAGGUGAAUAGCAUGGACUUCUGAAGAAAUUUGUUGAGGAUUAAUAAAAGAUAUCAUUUUCUUCAAAGAACUGUAAUUAAAUGUGGCAAUUAUUUUUCUUUGUA